AUGGCGACGCUCAGAGGCAACCUGGAGAUUGUGCACCUACUCCUCCUGGCAAAGGCUGAUGCCAAUAAGGCCGAUGCUGAUGACUGCACUCCAAUCUGCAAGGCGGCAAGCACAGGGAACACGGAUGUGGUGCGAUAUCUCAUGAAGGCAAGAGCUGAUAUUAACAAGCCGAACUACAUCGGCAGCACCCCUCUGCAGGUGGCCACCGGAUGCACUUUCGGGCAAGUUGUGACGGUGCUCUUGCAGGCCUCGGCAGAUGUCAACAGACCGGAUAAGACUGGCUGCAACGCCUUGCACAUCGCCUGUGGCAGCGGCUUUGUGCACGUGGUGCGACUUCUAUUGACAUCGAAGAUUAACAAAGACAAGCCUGACAAGUGUGGCUUGACCCCGCUUCAUAUCGCGAGUGGGAGGUGCCUUGCGGAAGUUGUCCGAGUGCUCCUAGAGUAUUCUGUCAAUGUCAACAAGUCCGACGUUGAGAAGAUCACCCCACUUCAGACAGCAGCUGGUAGGGGCUUCGUGGAGAUCGUGCGCUUGCUGCUAUCGGCCGGAGCCGACGUCAACCUUGCCAAUGAGCGUGGCAGUACUCCUUUGCAUGAAGCAAGUUGGGGAGGCCACGUGGAGGUGCUCCAUGACAAAGGCUCUUCUUCUGAUGCAUCCGGGGCGUGCCAUGUGGCCAUCGUUCGCUUGCUGCUUGAGUAUCAGGCUGACAUAAACUUUUCUGAUAACACUGGCAGUACCGCUCUUCAUAUUGCCUCUGGAAGGGGCUUCCUGGCAGUUGCGCGUCUGCUGGUUUUCGCCCGGGCUGAUCUACACAAGCUCAACAUGAAUAAUCGGACACCGAUGCAGGUUGCACACACCUGCAACUCCGUAGCUGUUUUCCAUCUGCUCGCGAAGGCUGGGCAAGUCUUUAGCAGGGCAAAUAGCCGCGCUUGGACUCUGAAUCAUUGCCAGUGA